CGGUUUAACACAACAUAAUACAGUCCACGAUUCAUAGUUAGGGUCAUUAACUGAUGUUUAUCGUGUAAUCCUUCUGUUUUUUAUUUGUGGUAUUUCAACUUCACUCUUGUUGGCAGUCUUCCAGGUAUGAACCUAUGACAGGAAAAAGCCAACAGUCAUUAACCUGCACAAGUGCAGAGUCCAUCCACUGUACCUGGUGUUGACAUUCUUCUCUCAUUUCACGUGAGAACGUUCUCUCAGUCCUUCUGUGUGAUUCAGAAGUAACAUGGAGCAGAUCACAGACCAUCUUGUUAGGUACAAAAGCUACAACUUUCCCAUCAAAUACACAACUGCAGAGUACAUCGACUCACUGCAGAGCUUUGAAAUUCGAGAUAGUGACAUAUUCCUCGUCACCUAUCCAAAGUCAGGGAGCAUAUGGACUCAGCAGAUCAUCAUCUCCAUCUGUGAGUUAGCUGGAGGUCUGAAUGAAUACCCAAACAACUUUGAGCAGAUGCCGUGGCUGGAGUACCUGGCUGGUCGAGAAGAUUACUCCCUACGCCCCUCUCCACGACUCUUCUCCUCUCACCUCACCCCAGCUCUCAUGCCUGCAGGACUGAAGGACAAGAAGGGAAAGAUUAUUUAUGUGAUGCGGAAUCCAAAGGACAACAUCGUCUCUUUUUACCACUUCAGUAAUGUCUGGGCCGACAUUGAGACGCCGAAGAGCUUUGAGCAGUUUCUUGAGGACUUUCUGAUGGGCAAAGUUGUAGCAUCAUCCUGGUUUGACCACAUCAGGGAGUGGCAUUCAGUGAGAGACCAGUACAACAUCCUCUUCCUGACCUAUGAGGACAUGAUACUGGACCUGAAGACGGCCGUGACCAAGAUCUGCACUUUCUUGGGUAAAAACCUGAGUGAAGCAGCCAUUGAGCAGGUUGUAGAAAAAUCUACAUUCAAGAACAUGAAGAAAGACGUGAAAGCAAACUACGAGUUCCUACCAGAAACAAAUGUGAAGGGAAACUUCAUGCGUAAAGGUCAGAUUGGUGACUGGAAGAACAUCUUUACUGCAGCUCAGAGUGAAAGAGUUGAUCGACUCCUUCAGGAGAGACUCGGCGACAUGUCUCUGAAGUUCAUCUUUGAAUAAGCACAAUGUAAUCAGUGGCAGAGGAUGAAUACUAACAGAUUACAUGACAUCAGGAUUUGUUAUGAGACAAAAAAAGAUUACAGAUUACAUGUGAAAAAUGUGUGAAUAAAUGAUGGCUACAUUGUAAAGAA